UUUUUAAAGUUUUCGAGGAAGUUUUAAAUUUAAAGUUCAAAUGGCAUGAUUGCAGAUUUGUUGUGUAUGUUAAGUUGAUCAGCUGAAAUACGCUUGCAAAAUCCAUUCAAUUCUAAAGAUGAACUCUAAGAUUUUCAGUAUAAUAAGCACACCAUUGUGUUGUAAAUAAUACAUUAAAAUAACUUUAGAGAUGUCACAUGGUAAAGUAAAGAAAAACAAAUCAUGAUGUCAUUUUUAGUUGCUAAUUAAAAAACUGAUAAUUUUAAAAAUAAUGGGUGAUAAGAAUCUUUUAAGUUGCACAAAAAGUGGUGUAAAAAUCAUACCAGCUGACGAGAAUGAUGCAAGUCCUCUGACCCUCCCAGAACCCACAUGGAUCCCUGACAAACAGAUACAGUCUUGUUCUCUUUGUCAAACAAAAUUUGACCUUUUCAACAGAAAACACCACUGUCGUAGAUGUGGCACGUGUAUAUGCAGGAAGUGCUGCCACAACCGACCACUGCCUCGCAUGUGCUUCAUCGAUCCUGUCCUGCAGUGCAACCUCUGCUCACUCGUCAGCACUCAGGAGGAUAUCUUCUUUGAUGAACAUCUCAAAUACUUGCAGCAAGGAUCGGUUUUGAAUGUAAUGAAUUAUGAUGUAAGUGAUGACAAUGUGAAAGCUGUGCCAAUGUUUUGCAGGCUGAGCAGAUCACAGAGGGAAAUAUUGUUCCAAUGUGAAAAGAAGCAAACCGUGAAUGUGAUUGAACCCAUAUUGUUGUCAGAAAUUAAAGAAAUGAUCAAAAUUUCAUCCCACAAACAUUCAAAUAUAACAGGUAUAAAGCUCUUGUAUGAUAAUGCCUCUCGUGAACAUCAGACUUGCACCAUGAAGGUCAGCCCCACCAGCCCACAGCAACAUCACCAACUGCAGUGGCUUGACGCUCUACUCAAAGCUUUUGAGCUCGUUCAAGAAACGAAAAAACUGAUGCCCGCCGGUAAUACAAUAGAAAUUCAAGAAUAGGCCCAUGUAUGAUGAGGAUGGUGGUAUAUCCUCGCUGGCUUAAAAGCAUUGAUGUCUACAAGUUCACUUCAGUUAUAUCAUAUAACAUGGAAUCUGUUUUAUGGAAUUGGUUUUUAAAAACUAUCAAAAAAAUUUCAAUUUUUAUGUUUUAAAUCAACUGACUGCAUAAUCUCGUGUGAACAUUUUACUCAUUUUUGAAUUGCGUUUAUUUUUUAUCGUUGGGUAGCCCAUACCCGCUAAACUUAAAUGUUGGAUUGAGGAUCGUUUUAUUUAAUCAUUAUGCACACUUGAAAUGGCCUGAUAUUUUUCAAUAACUACGUUUAACUUUGUCCGUUACGUUUUUGUUUGAUUCAUAAAAAUACCUGUAGGUUAGAUACUUGUUAUGAGGAGUAAGUUAUUUUGAUGGCUUGAAUUUGCAAUUAUUAUAUAUUGUGCGUGUGUGUGUGGUUUGUGUGUGUGCGUAUAUUAUGUACAGUUUAUUUUCAUCUUCUGGUUUUAAAUGCCUAAACAUGCUUUGGUGCAAUUACUUAAUAUAAACAAUCCCA